AUGACAAUAACUUCUUCACCUAAACAACCCAAUUUUUUAAUAAUUGUUGCUGAUGAUUUAGGAUUUACUGAUUUAUCACCAUUUGGAGGAGAAAUUCAUACCCCUAAUUUAAAUAAAUUAGCUACUGGACCUAAUGGAAUUCGAUUAACUGAUUUUCAUACUGCUUCUGCUUGUUCUCCAACAAGAUCAAUGUUAUUAAGUGGUACUGAUAAUCAUAUUGCUGGAUUAGGACAAAUGGCAGAAUUUGCUCAACGUCAUCCUGAAAAAUUUAACAAUCAACCUGGUUAUGAAGGUUAUUUAAAUGAUAAAGUUGUUGCUUUACCAGAAAUUUUACAAGAUAAUGGUUAUCAUACAUUUAUAUCGGGGAAAUGGCAUUUAGGUUUGAAAAAACCUUAUUGGCCUAAUAAAAGAGGGUUUAAUAAAAGUUUUACAUUAUUACCUGGAGCAGGAAAUCAUUAUAAAUAUAUUACUAGAGAUGAAAAAGGUGAUCAAAUUCCUUUUUUACCAGCAAUUUAUGUUGAAGAUGAUAAAGAAUUAUUAAAUCCUGAAAUAGAAUUACCUGAUGAUUUUUAUUCAACAAAUUAUUUCACUGAUAAAGCUAUUGAAUUUAUUAAACAAUCACCAAUUGAAAAUAAACCAUUUUUCGGUAUGAUUACUUAUACUGCACCACAUUGGCCUUAUCAAGCUCCUCAAGAUAAAAUUUCUAAAUAUGAUGGAAUUUAUAAUAAUGGACCUGAAGAAUUACGUCGUUCAAGAUUAAAAUCAGCUAUAAAAUUAGGUUUAAUUGAUGAAAAAAUAAUUCCUCAUCCUAUUAAAACUAUUCGAAAAACUUGGGAUGAAUUAACUUUAUUAGAAAAAUCUAAAGAAAUUAAAAUCAUGCAAACUUAUGCUGCUAUGGUUGAAAUUUUAGAUGAAAAUAUUGGUCGAUUAAUUAAUUAUUUAAAAUCAAUUAAUCAAUUUAAUAAUACAUUUAUUUUAUUUAUGUCUGAUAAUGGAGCUGAAGGUAUGUUAAUGGAAUCAUUACCUUUAACAAAUCAAAGAAUUAAUAAAUUUAUAAAUCAAUAUUAUGAUAAUAGUUUAUCUAAUAUUGGUAAUAAAAAUUCAUUUACUUAUUAUGGUGAUCAAUGGGCUCAAGCAGCAACUGCUCCUCAUGCAAUGUAUAAAAUGUGGUCAACUGAAGGAGCAAUUGUAUGUCCAUUAAUAAUUCAUUAUCCAAAUUUAACAUCUUCUAAUAGUACCAGUGGUAAUAGUGGUGGUGGUAGUGGUAAUGGUAAUGGUGGUGGGAGAAUUUUGAAAGAAUUUACAACGGUAAUGGAUAUUUUACCAACAAUUUUACAAUUAGCUAAUAUUCAACAUCCAGGAGAAAUUUAUAAAAAUCGGAAAGUUGUUAAACCAAGAGGUAAAUCAUGGGUUAAUUAUUUAAUUAAUAAAACUAAUCAAGUUCAUGAUGAAAAUACUGUAACUGGUUGGGAAUUAUUUGGUCAACAAGCAAUUAGAAAAGGUUCAUUUAAAGCAAUUUUUAUUCCUAAACCAUUUGGACCAGAAAAAUGGCAAUUAUUUAAUAUAAUUGAUGAUCCUGGUGAAAUUAAUGAUUUAAGUGAUUUAUCACAAUAUAAAAAAAUUUUAAAUGAAUUAUUAGAUCAUUGGGCAAUUUAUGCUGCUGAAACUGGUUUAAUUGAAUUAGGUAGUGAUUUAUUUGAAAAAGAAAAAAUUGAUGGUGAAUUAAAUGAAAUUGUUUAUAGAACCAUUCUUGAUAAUAAUUAA